AGUCAACAACCCCCGCAAGUCAGCCUCCUCACCCGCCGCAGUCUCCCCCCCUUCAAGAGCUAUCCGUUUCCUGCAUGCCGUAAGGGCAGACAAGGCUCGCACACUGUUACCAUCAUCUAUGCCAUCCGUGAACAAACGCCUGCCCCAUCGCAGCCUGCGCGAGUUGAUGUUUGCGAUCGGCAGAGCCCUUCGACACCGCCUUGAGGCUGAAAAAGAGCCGUCGCACUGGCACCCUCGGUCACCCCUGCUUUGCCCCAUUCGCUCGAUCCGAGCGUCUCUAGCCUGGCACGCUUCCGACGGCACCUCGCUUUUCUCAUCUCUGUUUAUCGUAUCCAUUCCGCCAGACUUGCUGCUCUGGACCCUUCUUCUUCCAUCGUCGCGAGAAGAAUGCAGCCCAUGGCCCUGCUGACUCUCCUCCAGACAGCUAUUCAAGACUGGUCUUGCUGUGCCACACGCUCUCUUCAUCGCCGCCUGGGUCUUUCUCUAGGGGCAU